CUUAAGCCUAAGCCUCUCCUAAUAUCCAUUUUAUUCUUCAGUGGUCGCUCUCACGCGUAAAUACAAACUCACAGAUCCUCUUCUUCCACAUUGUCAAGAACCCAAAGAUCUCUUCGCUUUCGUUCUCAUGUCUUCUACACAGCUCUUUACUUUCUCAAUCUGAAUUCAUUUUCUCAUAAAAAACACAAACCCUACUUCAAGAAAUUGGAUUUGUUUCUCUUUUAACUGCCCUUUAUGGCUUGAAAGUUGAAAGUUUCUCUGGUUUUGCAUUACAGAGUUGGCGGCGGCCGCUGUGAUCUCUUCUCUUAUCCGUUCAGUUAUCUGUUUUGCCUUCUCGCCGUUUCUCAGCUUUAAUCAAAAUCAGCAGCAUCAGAGAUGAUCAGAAAAUAAUUCAAAGUUUCAAGUCUUUUAUGCUCUUUUCAUUACUGAAAUCCAACACACAACCCAUCAAAUCCUUGAAAAUCAAAUCUUUUUCCUCAAAGCAAAUCUUGUCUUCUCAUUCAUUCUUGUCUAAAUUUGAUUUUGUGAAGAAGACCAAUAUCAGAACCAAAACCACUUCAAUUUAGCAAAUCCUGCAAAACCCAUCUCGACUUUUAUCCAUUUGGUAUCAAGAGCGAGCAGAGUUAACAUGCAAGAUCCAUCAACGGCAUUCCAGCCGAUGAGGCCAAACUGGCCGGAGCAGGAACAGCUCAAGUGUCCACGCUGUGACUCCACCAAAACCAAGUUCUGCUACUACAACAACUAUAAUCUCUCUCAGCCCCGCCAUUUUUGCAAGAAUUGUAGGAGAUACUGGACCAAAGGUGGCACUCUAAGAAACAUUCCAGUUGGUGGUGGCAGCCGCAAGAACACUAAACGUUCCUCGAACCAGAAACGUGCCAACUCGGAUCCCAACCCCAACCCCAACACCAACACUGACCCAGCUCGGCUCAACUGCCGUGUGCCAGAAUCAUCAUCAUUAACAACAACAACACAGGCAACAUCAAGCUCGCAAAUUUUGGCUAAUGGGAUUUCGGAUUUAGGUGAUCCGACCCAUAUAUAUGGCUUUGAAGCAGAUCAGGAAGGAAAGAUACAGGACAUGAGCUGUAGUUUUAGCUCGCUGUUGGCACCAAAUGUACAGUUUGGAAGUAUCUAUGAGGGUAUGAAUCCAAAUGGGUCGGGUUUAAAAAUGGUGCAAAUGGGUGGGUUUGGCGAUGACUUGAAUGCUGGUUCAGGUGAGGCCCCAGGCUUUGAUGAACAAGGCAGUGAUAUUAAUAAUGAAGGUGAAGUUGGGAGUUAUCUGCAAAGCAGUGAUUGGGGAAACAGUAAUGGAUGGCCUGAUCUUGCUAUUUACACUCCAGGUUCUAGUUUCCAAUAGGAAGAAACCAAAAUAUAUAAAUAUGGCUUUCUUUACUUUCUUUAUUUUUUUUUUUUGGUUUUUUUGGUGUGUGGGUUGUAGCUACAUGAUUAAAAAAAAAAGAGAGAGAGAGAGAAAGACAAGUACUAGAUUGAUUUUUCAAUUUUUUGUUUGGGGUUUUGGUGUGGAGGGAUUAAUUUAUAUCAUAAACAUUAUGAUCCUAUUUAGUGAUAAUGCAUUGGAUGUGUUAUUCUUCUGGCUUGUCA